UUUUUGAGGAGCACACUGGCCAGAGAGAUGAACAAAUUUUACUCAAUGCAAACGGUGGAGCCAGAGGACGGGACCAAAGUUAGAGAGUCUUUCAAGUUUGUGUCGGAGGUGAAGGGGGAGGUGAAGAGGGAUGUAUGGAGAGAAGACGGUGGACAGGAGCGAUCAGAGCCCUCCUGCUGUCUCAGUGUCAGCAAGAUCUCCUACACAGUCAGUGAGCGCGUGGGUCCGUGGUGGGACUUACCCUCCUACAGGAAGAGAUGGACUCGCCAGAUCCUCAAUGAUGUCUCCUUCCACGUGGACAGUGGGCAGAUCAUGGGCAUCCUGGGCAAUUCAGGCUCAGGAAAGACCACUUUGUUGGAUGCCAUCUCUGGGAGGAUUGGAAACUGUGGUACACUGUUGGGCGAGGUCUUCAUUAAUGGCAGGAAAAUGAAGAGGGAAGAAUAUCAGGACUGUUUCUCAUAUGUACUGCAGAGUGAUAACUUGUUGAGUUAUCUGACAGUGGAGGAGACUCUGACCUACACAGCCCAGCUGGCCCUGCGGAAACACUCGGCCGAAGCCAUCAAGAAGAAGGUGUCGGCAGCGAUGGCCGAGCUGAGUCUGACUCAUGUGGCCCACAGUGUUAUUGGAGGUCGUGUUUUCCCAGGGAUCUCCGGGGGCGAGAGGAGGAGAGUCUCCAUUGCCAGCCAGCUACUUCAGGACCCAAGGGUGAUCCUAUUGGACGAGCCGACCACAGGGCUGGACAGCAUGACCGCCAAUCAGAUCGUGGUGCUGCUGGCGGAGCUGGCCAGGAGGAACCGUAUCGUCAUAGUAACCAUCCACCAACCACGCUCUGAGCUCUUCAGGGUGUUCAGCAGGAUAGCUAUAAUGAGUCGUGGAGAGUUGGUGUUCUGUGGGCAGCCAGAGGAGAUGGUGGAUUUCUUCAGCCAGUGUGGAUAUGAGUGUCCAGAAUAUUGCAACCCCUUCGACAUCUAUGUUGACUUCACCUCGGUGGACACACGCAGCAGUGAGAGGGAGGCAACCACCUACAGUCGCAUGCAAGAGAUCGCCUCAUCCUAUCAGAAGUCUGUCAUCUACCAGAGCAUGCUGCAAAAAACCCAGCAGAGCCUUCAGCGGCCAGACAAGCCGGCCAUCCCCUUUAAGAGCAAAGAGUCACCCAACGGUGCAGCCAAACUUGAGGUUCUGCUCAGGCGAACAACAAGAAACCUAUCCAGAGACAGGAUGGGUGUCCUGAUGCGUCUGUCCCAGAACCUGAUCUACGGCCUCUUUGUGGCGUUCUUUGUGAUGCAUUUAGACAACGACGUCAGCAAGGGUGCUGUGCAGGACCGCAUUGGCAUCAUCUAUCAGAGCAUUGGUGCUUCACCGUACACUGGCAUGCUGAAUGCUGUAGCUCUGUUCCCGGCGUUGCGAGCCAUCAGUGAUCAGGAGAGUCAGGAUGGUCUUUACAGUAAAUGUCAAAUGUUCUUAGCCUACAUCUUCCACAUCCUGCCCGCCAGCAUCCUCAGUGUCGUCAUCUUCACCUCUUUCCUUUACUGGACGGUGGGGAUGAACCCUGACAGCUUGCGCUUCCUGUGUUUCACUGCAGUCGUCCUGGUGCCACAUAUCAUAGGUGAGUUGCUGACUGUGGUGCUAUUAGGAGUGGUCCAAGACCCUAACAUGGUCAACACUGGAGUAGCUCUGCUUAAUAUUGCAGGAAUCGUGGUUGGAUCUGGUUUCCUAAGAAGCACACAGCAGAUGCCGCAGGUCUUCCAGUGGCUCAGCUACCUGACCUUCCAGAAGUACAGCUGUGAGCUGCUCAUAGUCACCGAGUUCCAAGGACUCAACUUCACAUGCAAUGUUUCCAAACCUUUGCCGGGAGCCUGUAUGGUCACUCAAGGAAAUCAGAUCAUUGAUGAAGGCUAUCCUGGCGCCCUGUCCCGAUACACACUAGACUUUGUUCUCCUCUACUCCUUCCUCCCUGCCCUCCUGCUGCUGGGCAUGAUCAGCUUCAAGAUCAGAGACAGGAUCGUACGUCACUAAAGCGACAGACACACAUUUGUGGGUGAAUCUUCUGUUUAAACACAUUUGAAGAUGUUUGAGUAUGAUGUUAUUGAGAGAAGAUGACAUAUAGAGAAGUAUUGUGGCUGCUUAUAACUUCUGUGUUUGCAAUCAACACUUUUCACAAACAUUCAAGGAAUAUUUCUGUUUGAGUACUUACCCUAAAGUUCAUCAGAAUAAAGUAUUAUACAGUUCAGAGCAAGGAAUCAAGUACAAAAAGCUUCGGUUUGACCUUUUCUCAAAAGAAAUCCCAGUGCAGGGUGCAGGGCGCACAGUGCAGCACAGUUCAUCUGUGCUGACAGGGAUCUAAUCAUGGACAACUGAGUAGUCUUACUGUUAAAUAGCACCAUAAACCAACUUGCUGCUGGACCGGGCUUAAACAACGACUCUAACAGACAGCACAGAUUCAACUUCAAGUCCUCUAUAGUCUAUUUCUGACUGAAGGACAUGUUUGCACAAAUUCUUGUUUUUAUAUAUUAAAAAGGUGCACAGUGGCACAUGUGAACUAACAUGUAACUGUAUCAUAAACUAUAUACUAUAACUAAUCUUGUGUGUGAUCAUAUUGUAAAGUUGCAAAUUGAAUGAAUGAGUAUCAACAAAUAUACGUGUUUUAAAUGUCACUUAUGUAUUCCAUGUAUUAUUUUUAGAUUAAAUAUUGUGAUUGUAAUGUUUCAUAAAUAAGCAAUGCCUGUUGUAAAUGUAAAAUUCUUUAUUUUUUAGAACACAUAUCAUCAGUAUACAAAUAGUUUUCACAUGUUUAGAAUAGUUGUACAAGUUUUAUGAAUUAACAACAGUACUUACAAGUAAAUAAAUAAUACAAGCUGUAUUUACAUUGAUAGGUGGUGUGUGUUUGUGUGUGUUUGUGACUAUAAAGAUGAUUAUCUCUCA